AACCAAGUCCUAGUUUGUAACUCAAAUCAAACAAAAUCACUUUCCAUAGUAACAAUCAAUCAAUCAAGGUUUGGUUGGUUGAAUAAUAAAAUACAACGAAAUGUGGUAGUUAGCUUCUCUUCAAUUUGUCACAAUGAUUAAGAGCAUCAACAACAUUAAAUUUGACUCAAUUCCCUCUGUUUCAUCUCUCCCUCUUCUCCUCACACACUUCACACCCAUUUCCCAUUCUUCUCCUACCUUUCUCUCCAAACUCAAACCCAUUUUCCCCCUCACUUCCUCCACCCCAUCUCGCCGGAACCACCCAUCUGCCACCAUGUUUCACCAUGACCCUUUUGUCUCUGAUUUUGUUGCAACGGGUAUUUCUGGUGUUGUUGCUUUUUCUUGCCUUGGAUUGUUCAAAGAAACUGCAAAAAGAGGACUUUUUGAUCAGAAAUUGAAUAGGAAACUUGUGCAUAUAACCAUUGGGCUGGUAUUCAUGCUUUGUUGGCCACUAUUCGGUAAUGGUCGAUGGGCUCCGUUCUAUGCUGCUUUUAUUCCGGGAGUUAAUAUACUUCGGAUGUUUGUUAUUGGAAGUGGAAUAUUGAAAGACGAGGCCACUGUUAAAUCAAUGAGCAGAUUUGGAGAUUAUAGGGAACUUCUUAGGGGACCACUGUAUUAUGCUGCUACUAUUACUUUGGCGUCCAUGAUAUACUGGAGAACUUCCCCUAUUUCCAUUGCUGCGAUAUGUAAUCUGUGUGCAGGAGAUGGUAUGGCCGACAUUGUGGGAAGGAGGUUUGGCAGUGAAAAAUUACCUUACAACAAAAACAAGUCCUAUGCUGGUUCAAUUGCUAUGGCAUCUGCUGGAUUCUUGGCUUCUAUCGGGUAUAUGUGGUAUUUUUCCUCAUUUGGAUAUAUGGAGGGAGGCUGGAGCAAGGUUAUAGGUUUCCUAGUUGUGUCUGUUAUCACAGCAGUUGUGGAAUCUCAUCCUAUCAGCACGGAUCUUGAUGACAAUCUCACAGUUCCCCUCACUUCUAUAUUGGUAGGAAGUAUGGUCUUCUGAUAUAAACCAUAUUGUAGUCAAAAAACAAGUUAGGAAUUAGUUCCAGUUUAGUUAGAAAAUGUGUACUCUCUCCGAUCUCGAAUAUAAACAAAAAAAAAAAAGUCAAACAAAGUAGAUGAUGUAUUUGUUUCAGAUUUUUAACCGGAUACAACAACUUUGUUUGACUUUUUGGCUUAUAUUUGAAACUGUAGUAGUAUUCUGUAAUGUUGUGUAGCUUGUUAACAUUAAAAUUUACUGGUCGUUGUAGUGUAUGACUAUGUGUAUGUUCAGCACCAUUCGAGUGUAGGGAUUUGCAAAUUGCAACUAUAAAAUUUGCUAAAACUUCACUCUUUCA